UCAGUUGCUCCACCACCGCCGAUACUGGGGCACGACUGCUCUCGCGGAGAACACGUGGUUGAUUCGAGUUCAAAUAGUGCAUUCAAACCAAACAAAUUUAAAUACAUCGAAAAGUUAUAAUAACUGUGAUAAAAAACCAUCCGAAACUAAAAAUGAUGUCCACGCGAUUGUUGGCUCAGACCAGGCGAGUCCUUCCAAGAACCUUAUAUCGUAGCAGAUCUAGCUCAUCGCUGCAAUCAAAGGCAGCCCCCACCAUGAUAUCCCAGAAGCAAAGUGAGAUGCCCGACUGCGACCACCGCCCAGUGGCCUACGAGGGCUCCAGCUACGAGAAAAUCCUCAAGACCCGACGCAAUCACCUGACACCGAAUCUGCUGGCCCACUUCAAAAAGCCUCUAGUGAUCCACGCUGGCCACAUGCAGUGGCUGUACGAUCACGAGGGCCGGCGCUACCUGGACAUGUUUGGCGGAAUCGUUACUGUGUCCGUUGGACAUUGCCACCCAAAGGUUAACCAGGCGCUUAGCGAGCAGACUGCCAAACUUUGGCACACGACUAACAUAUACAUGCACCCCAAGAUCCACGAGUAUGCCGAGCGACUGGUGGCCAAGUUCCCAGGAAAUCUUAAAAGCGUGUGCUUCGUAAAUUCCGGUUCGGAGGCCAACGAUCUGGCUAUGCUAAUGGCGCGCCUUCACACAGGCAACCAGGACAUCCUUUCCUUGCGCAACUGCUAUCACGGUAUGUCCCCCUACACCAUGGGCCUCACGGCGCACUCCACCUGGCGCUUUCCCCUGCCGGGCGUGAACAACGGACUUGUGCACGUGAUGAACCCCGAUCCCUACCAAGGCAUUUGGGGCGGUUCAAACUGUCGGGACUCGCCUGUGCAGACCACCCGAGACUGCCAGUGCGCCUUGGGCUGCCAGGCCAGCGACGCCUACUACAACGAGCUGGAGGAGACCUUCAAGUAUUCCUUGCCGCGCGGCAAGGUUGCUGCCAUGUUUGCAGAGUCAAUCCAGGGGGUUGGCGGAACGGUGCAGUUCCCAAAAGGGUACCUGAAGAGGGCAGCAGCUCUGGUCAGGGCUAACGGAGGACUCUUUGUGGCCGACGAGGUUCAGACUGGCUUUGGGCGAACCGGUGAGCACUUCUGGGGCUUCGAGGGCCACGACUACUUCCCCGACAUAGUCACUAUGGCCAAGGGCAUUGGGAACGGCUUUCCACUGGCCGCUGUUGUCACCACGCCAGAGAUCGCGGCCUCCCUGGGCCAAGCCCUGCACUUCAACACUUACGGAGGGAACCCAAUGGCCAGUGCCGUAGGCAUUGCCGUGCUAGACGUAAUCGAAGAGGAGCAGCUGCAGCGCAACUCGCUGGAAGUGGGCACUUACUUCCUCGCAGGCCUGGCCAAAUUGCAACAGCGCUUCGAGAUCAUUGGCGACGUGCGGGGAAAAGGCCUUAUGAUCGGCGUGGAGCUGGUGGGAAAUCGAGAAAAGCGUACCCCUCUGGCUACGCCCCACGUCCUGGACAUCUGGGAGAAGUGCAAGGACCUAGGAGUGCUCUUCGGACGCGGAGGUCUUCAUGGAAACGUUCUGCGCAUUAAGCCUCCCAUGUGCAUCACGCUGGCUGACGCGAACUUCGCCGUGGAUGUGCUGGCCCGAGCCAUCACGGAGUCGCUACCCGAGAAUAAUUAACGUAGAUUUGGGAAGACUAGAGAGCGUUUGCAGGAUGGUCCCAGUUGCAUUUAUCUAUCUAAGUAGUUACUCCCAACAAAGUCAUGCAUUUUUUAGUCCUUAAGUCGUCGACUGUUCAAUAAUUAAAAGAAUUGGUUUUUAUA